GCCGCCGCGUGGGCGUGGCCGGCGCGCGCAGAGGCCGCCGUCAUGGCCGGGGCUGCCGGGCCCCCAGAGGUGAUCCGCGCGGCGCAGAAGGACGACUACUACCGCGGCGGCCUGCGCAGCGCGGCGGGCAGCGCCCUGCACAGCCUGGCCGGAGCAAAGAAGUGGCUGGAGUGGAGGAAAGAGGCCGAGCUGCUCUCAGACAUAGCCUACUUUGGCCUCACCACACUUGCAGGCUAUCAGACUCUCGGCGAGGAGUAUGUCAACAUUGUCCAGGUGGACCCGUCGCAGAGACGUGUGCCCUCCAGGCUCCGCCGUGGCGUGCUGGUGGCACUGCACACUGUCCUGCCCUACCUGCUGGACAAGACCCUGCUCCCUUUGGAGCAGGAGUUGCAGGCUGACGGUGAUGGUGUGAGGCUCUCGCAAGGCAGCCUGGUGCCCAGCGGAUGUAGCCGGUCAGGGGCGCGGCACUGGUUGCGCCGCCACGUGGCCGCCCUGACUGAGCAGCAGAGGAGGACAUUCCUGCGGAUGGCCUUCGUCCUCAGACAGGGCCUGGCCUGCCUACAGCGGCUCCACAUUGCCUGGUUUUACAUCAACGGUGCCUUCUAUCACCUGGCCAAGAGGCUCACAGGGGUCACAUACCUCCAUGUCCGCCACCUACCUGGAGAGGACCUGAGGGCUCGCGCCAGCUACAGACUGCUGGGACUGGUCUCCCUGUUGCACGUGGCGCUCUCUGUGGGGCUGCAGCUGUACGGUUUCCGGCAGAGGCAGCGAGCCAGGAAGGAGUGGCGGCUGCACCGACACCUGUCCCACCGCAGGAGUUCCAUGGAAGAGAGAACAGCCCCCAGACACCCGCUGUGUACUCUGUGCCUGGAGGAGCGCAGGCACCCGACGGCCACACCUUGCGGCCAUCUCUUCUGCUGGGAGUGUAUCACCGAGUGGUGCAGCACCAAGACGGAGUGUCCCCUCUGUAGGGAGAAGUUUCCUCCCCAGAAGCUCGUCUACCUGCGGCACUACCGCUGACAUGACAGCCAGGUGGGGAUCCAGGAAGUGGAUGGAAGAACCCAGGAAUCUUUGAACAUCAAGGAAAAAAGAAUUUAUCCUCAAGGUUAACGUUACUUGCAUAGAAAUUAUAAAAUUCUCACAUACUGUUUUUUGUCACCGAAGAUACAGAACCAGCAGCCAGGUAGAGAACAAAAGCUGAAGCCGUAUGGAAAAAGGGCUGGCUCAGGGUCCUCGGGGCAGGGCACUGGCAGGUGGCCUCCAUCCUGCCUGGGGCAGAGGCCCAAAUGCUAGUGUUUCUCCACCCCCCAUUUAGAGCAACUUGGUCACUUCGUUAGGAGUUUCACUAAUUUAGACAAGGUUUUAGGUUUCCCUCCCUCCCUCAAACCAUAGAGUUGAGAACUAAUUUCAGAAAUGGGCCAGAAUUCACUUGGGAGAGCGUGGUGCUGACAACACCAAGUCAAGGGUUAAGAUCCCCUUACUGGUCAUCUUUUAAAAUAAAAAAAAAAGUAGUAGGCCAGAAGAAAAUCUUAUUCCUUUACAAAUGAGAAAAUGAUUCCAGCGUCAGGCUGUGUUAAGGCAGUGGACUGAGUGUCAAGUCAGGACUGGGACACUGGGAAAUGUCGUGGUUUGCUUCAGCAAGUGCAGACAGAAAGGCAGCCCCCGGCCGUGGUGACAGGCGUCUCCCACAGGGCUGGCACAAGCUCACCUACCAGGACUUAUUGUGAAGACCAUGCAGGAGCAGAAACAGCAACCGAGGGCUGGGGUCUCCAGCUCAAAGCUGUGGCACGUGCCUUCCCACACACGCCACAUUUGCUUCCCACUUGAGAACAGGAAGUCUCUGUCUUGGCCUCCACACAAACACAGGGGGCCCUCCUGCUCGGUGGGGCAGCGCUGGCUUGAGUGAGAAGUUUUCUGUUUUCUUAACACCUAACUAACUCUCAGAACACCUGGAUGCUGAGUUCCAGGGCAGGGAGCAGGCGGUUCACACAAGGCCAGUGCUGUGUCCAGCCCCUCUCAACUUGUCUCCAGCCUACUUCCUGCUUCUGAUAUUUCCAGGUUUUUAAAACUAUUUAACUCAUGCCAGAAACAACCUUCCUGUAAGCAGCUUUAAGAAAUUAAUUCCACAGAAAUCUUGGUACAUUAAGAACAGAAGAUUGAACUGAAAAGAUUUCAAAAAACAUAAUGUAAAAAUGCCCCCACCAGGACCUCUGGUCAAUAUGUAAUGUUCCCCUGGCUGGAAAUGCCAGCAGGACUGAGGCUCAGCCAGCAGCCUUGGCUUCUGGCAGAGAUUUAUGCAAACUGUCUCUCAGUGUUUGACUUAGAAAUACAGAUGACUCCACGUUCCCGGGUUAGCCAAGGUUACUUUGUCAGGGACAGGCGGGUACAGCUCUAUACAGCCCUCAUGUCAUCAGUGCCGAAUCUUUUAAUCCACGCUGUGCUAUGACCAAGUGCACACAACUUCCUAUCACAUCUUAGGCCUUAGCAUUUACUAAAGAAAACAGUACGAAAAGUUUCUGAAGAAAAAUGUCUAGAGUUUAAGAAUCCCAAGUGCUUCAACAUGGUAACAGAAGUACCGAUUAGGAACAUCGUUUGCAUAUAAUGGAUACAAAAGGGUUUUACUACAGCCUCUUGAAAGAGGAGCUCAGUUUCAGAUGUGCAGACAGUAAACAGAUGUGGUGUCUACAACUGUGGACGGGACACACUGCCCAGAGCGAGGAGUCGGGGAGGCCCAGAGGAAAGCCCUCAGUCCGCAGCUCAGCACCUCUGUGCCACUGUGGCUGUUCUGCUGCUGUUGGCAGAGACGGUUCACCUUCCAAGAAGGCCAAAAGAAAGUUGGGCUUUUUCAUGUGCAAUGACCGUAGUGUUUUAGAUAAAAACUACACAAGAAAGGGGACACUGUCUUUAAUAAAGUUGGAAUUAAAAAGUCACUUAAAA